GGUUGCCUACCCCUGCUCUACAGUUUGUCCCUCUUUAGUUCCACCUUCCCUCCAAGGAGUUUAGGGUCAGUGUACACCAGGAAAUUGUGCAACCCUCUAGAUGUGGUUGGAGUGCAACUCCUUCCCAGCAGACUUAGCCAGCUUAGAGUAGUGGCAACUCCCAGAUGUCAACCCUCAUAUAUCAAAUGGCGAAGAAUGCUAGAAACUCCAGUGCAACUACAUCUGGCCUGAUUCCAAACCCUUAUGUACAUGGUAGCCCCUCUCUUCCUCCUCCCUUUAUUCUCACAACAAGCUUAUGAGGUAAGGAGUCUCAAAAUUCCUUAUGUUGUAGUAAUGUUAAACUUCAGUUAAACAUUUAGAAAUACAGUUUACAUAGAUAUCCAAAGAUAAGGGGUAGUCAAAGUGACCCAGGGAAUGCAAACACAGCAAAUAAAAGUGUCUUAGGUGUGAACAGAUCAGAACAUUUAUUUGCUGUGUUCGCAUUCCCUGGGUCACUUUGACUACCCUACUCUGUUGUAGGUGUGAAGAAAGAGUAUUGUGGUGUAGUGGUUUAAGCACUGGAUUACAACUCUGGAGACCAGGCUUUGAAUCCUGCUCUACUAUGUAGAAGCCUACUGGAUGAUGACCUUGGGCAAGUCAUAUACUCUCAGCCUCAGCAAUGGCAAACCCUCUCUGAAGAAACUUGUUAAGAAAACCCUUUGAUAGGUUUGCCUUAGGGCCACCUAUAAGUGGGACAUUUUGUCUUGUACAUGAUAAAAUCCAAUUAUAAUACAGUACUUAUGAGUCUUGCCAUAAAUGAGAGUCACAUGUCCUCUCUUAAAGCAUUAUAGCAAAAGCAAGAAAUGAGAAGAACCCCUGCCACUUUAGCCAGUAGUCCAAGUGCCCUGUAAAGAAAUUCUUUCCUGAUCCUAAACAGAGCCAAGGUCCUAAAUGUGAGGAAGACCAAUGAUUUAAUGGCAAAUGCCACAUUACAUAAUGAUGUCUAUUUUGUUCUAAAAGGAACCUUUCAGCUAACAAAAUUCCAGCUAGAGAAGCAAGAGGUAUGCUGAAAACUCUUUCCACCAGCUGGUUUUUUUUCACUGACAGUUCCAAACUCAAGCCCCAAGCUGCUGCCUACCCACACAACCCAUGGGACUCCCAGUGUGUGCAUAUACAAGAGGCAGCACUGGCCUCCGCUCACCAAUGCCAUCCUCUCCCCAAGACCCUCAGUGUGCUGAAGAACACACCACAGGUCAAAGGAAUGCACACAAUCAUCCGAGACAAGGAGACGAGCCGGGAUGAGUUCAUCUUCUACUCCAAACGGCUGAUGCGUCUACUAAUUGAGCAUGCGUUGUCUUUUCUGCCAUUCCAGGUAAGGGAUUCAAAGCAUCAUUUCAAGCUUGGUCCCUAUCUUUCAUGGAUGUGGUGGCUUAGUGGUUAGGAUGCCAAUUCUGAUGAUCGGAAGAUCAGAAGGUUGGCAGUU